AUGUUUAAUUUCUUCUUAAAAGGGUCAAAGCCAGGAGUGUGUCCUGACAGGAGUGGUGUAAUUGGACUUUGUGAUAAAUUUUGCUUUAAUGACAAUGACUGCCCCAAUAAUGAGAAGUGCUGCCCCAGUGGAUGUGGAAAUGAGUGCGUGGCUCCAGUCAUAGAAAAGCCAGGAGUGUGUCCUUUCAGGCCCUGGGAAUACAUUCGGUGUGUUAAACUUUGCUCUAAUGACAGUGACUGCCCCAAUAACCAGAAGUGCUGCUCCACUGGAUGUGGACAAGAGUGCAUGGUACCGAACAUCGUAAAACCAGGAGUGUGUCCUCACAAACCCUUUGACUCCAGACGGUGUUUUGCACAUUGCUCUAAUGAUGGUGACUGCCCUGAUAAUGAGAAGUGCUGUUUCAGUGGAUGUGGACGUACGUGUAUUGAGCCCGACAUAGACUGGUUAUUGUCCUAGGACUGAAACCACCUCCGCGUGUGCUCAGCAGUGCUUUCAUGAUGGUCAAUACUGCAGGACAACCUGUGAUCAUGCCUGCUGUUGACC